UAUGAAUAAAUAUCUCAACCAUUGAGUCAGAAUAUUUUGGUUUGAAUAUAGUGUGAAUGAAGUAAUAGAUAAGUUACAGAAUACGCUAUGAAACAAUGGUUCUCUACUCAAUUCCCUAAAAAAGUAUGCGUUCGGACCGAAGAAGAGGUAAGCAGCUGACAAUGAUUACCUCAUUUUAAAGAAGAUAUGAUGAUAUAUAUUUUAACACACCAACUUGGCAAAUCUGUUGACAUUACACUUACCUCUGCACAGUUGUAUGUUACCUUCCCUAUUAAACUGGUAAUUAAACAAUGAUUCAAAGAUAAGAAUUCGAUGAUGGGCUUUUUGAUGUAUGUAAUAAUUCGACAGCUCUUGUACAGUUAAUUACACAGGUCGUACUCAGUGGGAUUUAUCAUUGCGUGUUUGUGAAUAUAAAACUUCAUGGUUAGGAAAAAGAGUCAUGAAAUCCGUCAACAGCGUGAUACUUUCCAUUCAGUAGAAAACAAAUAUCACGUCAAAACAGAUCAACUCUUCUUUGAUCUCUGGAAAGUUUUGAAUAACCUAUAUUAAAGAGUAAUACUAACGUUCCUCUAACUAGAGGAAGUCGUCGGAAUCAACUCUGAAAAAAGUGGAACUUAUACAUCUAAAAAAGGAUCAUUCACCAACUCCGUUUACCAUGCAUUACAAUUGGAUCAUUCUAUAUAUAAGUCACAAAUCAAAAACCUUUACUCUCCAUAACCCUUUUAUAUUUAUCACUGUUUUAAUCUAUUUUCAGUUUUACUAUUCAUCUUUCUCGAUACAUAUGAAUUUCUUAUAGUGAUUAUCAUGACGGCACUUGGAUUAUUACAUUUUAUAUUCUCCCGUUUCUAUUGUCAUUAUCUGGGCUAACUUUACAGAACAUUCUUCCGAUUAUCCACUUUAUUCGCGUGAUUUAUUUUAUUACACUGACCGGAACUCUACACCUUACAACAAAUUCUCCUAUAUGGCUAUUAAAAGUAAGAAAUCCCAAAUGUUGGUAAAGGGUACUAAUGAUCUCGAUGAAAGGUUAGACUCAUAGAAUAUAUAUUUUAUUAUGAUUUUAUUCUAUCGACUAAAACUCUUUCGUUAUUCGAACCAUUUUUGUGUUCGUAUCAGUUUUUCGAUUAUUAACAUUUUACAUUUCUUUUAUACACUAAUAGAUGCCUGGAAUUGUAAUGGACAGAAAUACUGGAUCUACCAUUGGUACCACACCACAUGGCCGAUGGAUUGAUCAACAGCAAUAUCUUGUUGAAACAUAUCGUCAGAUUCGUACAAAUUUAGGUCAGUUAGAAGCUGAAAUAGAAGCUGCACGAUUAAGAGUCACUGAUUGGACACGAUUAAGACGACAUCCUAGUCGUAGUCGUAGUUUGAGUCAUGCUAGUGUUUCAACUACUGCAAGCAGUUUAUUAAGUUGUAGUACAUUUGAAAGUGGUGCAACCGAUGCUUCAUUUUUAAAUGUUACAACAGAUGGUACUACUGGUUCAUCAUGUCAUUCAUCAUGUUCAUCAACAUGUGGUAUUCAACUACCUUCAGAAAUAGCAGCUAAAUUAAGUGCAGCAACAUUAAUUUCAGCAUUUUUAGCUGCAAGUCAUGAUUUCACUCAAGAUAAAGCUCAAGAUUCAACUAUUUCAGAUGAUUUAGAACAACCUAUUAGAGCUCGUACACCAGAUCACUGUUCAUCGUCUAAUAGAUCACGUUCCAACAGAUCAAUCUCACCUUCAUCACGAUGA